AUGGCACCAUUAGAAGCACCAAUAUUAGCUAUACCUGGAGAAAAUAACACUCACCAACAGCAACAACAACAAUUUCAAUACACAGGUCAAUUACAAAAGAAGAAAGCUGCCGAAGGAUCAAUAGAAUGGUAUUUUGAUCAAACGAUAAAUUUCAUGGGAGAUCAUCCUGUGAUCACUGGUAUAGGGGCAUUUGCAGUAGCAUAUUUUGCUGCUGGAUUUAUUAAAUCUAAUCAACCAGGUAUAAACGGGAAAGCAUUUGUCAAAGGUGGAUUUGGUGCUAAAAUGACUGCCAAAGAAGCAUUACAAAUAUUAAAUUUGAAAGAAACUAAUUUGAGUAAAUUGAAAUUAAAAGAACAACAUAGAAAAUUAAUGAUGGCUAAUCAUCCUGAUAAAGGUGGUUCAUCGUAUAUUGCCACCAAAAUUAAUGAAGCUAAAGAUUUCUUAGAUAAAAGAGGUGGUAUGAAACCUAAAUAG